AUGGAUGGCUAUCAUCUUUUUAAACUACUUGGUACAGGAGCCAAGUUUGAUUUUAAACGAUUUAAAGACGAUGCUGUGAAGUUAAAGUGUCAUUAUUUGUGGGUUCUCACAAACAGAAUUCACUUUGAAAGGUCUUUGGAGUUUACUGUAUGUAAUCUAAGUGAAAAACCAGAAAAACACACCACUGAAAUGAAAAUUGAAGAUAAUUUUGAAAUAUUUACCAAGAAAUUCUUUAAAUUGCACCUAGAAAGUCUUCAAUUGAAAAAAUACAAUAAGAAAAGUUUAAGAAAGUUGUACAAAAUCCACACCCAUGGCACAGAUAUUCCUCAACCCUUUGAUGAUUUUGAUUAUUUGGCCAAUUCCUACAAAUUACAUAGAUUAUUAGUAGAAAAUAUUAAGAAAGUAGGCUAUAGUCAACCAACUCCUAUUCAAAUGCAAGCUAUUCCAGUUAUGUUACAGGAAAGAGAAAUAAUGGCUUGUGCACCAACAGGUUCUGGUAAAACUGCAGCUUUUAUUAUACCUGUGCUUCAUCAUUUACAAGCACCAAAAAAUGAAGGUUUUAGAGCUCUUGUAUUAGCUCCUACUAGAGAAUUAGCUAAACAGACAUUUAGAGAAUUUGAGAGAUUAUCAGAAGGCUUGGGAUUCCGUGUUCAUUUUAUUAGCAAAGUUGCAAUAGCUGCCAAGAAGUUUGGUCAAAAAUCCAAGAAAAAUUUUGAUAUAUUAGUGACAACUCCUAAUAGAUUAAUUUGUAUGUUACAAUCUGAACCUCCUUCUAUUACUUUAAAUAGUGUUGAAUGGUUGAUUAUUGAUGAAUGUGAUAAGUUAUUUGAAGACGGUAAAUCUGGUUUCAGAGAUCAGUUAGCUGUUAUAUAUAAAGCAUGUGAUAAUAGUCAUAUAAAGAGAGCUAUGUUUAGUGCUACGUUUUCCUAUGAUGUAGAGGAAUGGUGUAAAGCUAAUUUAGAUAAUGUUAUUCAAGUUUAUAUUGGUGAUAUAAAUGCUGCAGCUAAAACAGUUAAACAAGAAUUGCUAUUUGUUGGUUCUGAAAAUGGAAAGCUUUUGGCUGUAAGAAAUUUGAUCAAAAAGGGAAUUCAACCACCAGUAUUAAUAUUUGUACAAUCUAAAGAUAGAGCUAAAGAUUUAUUUUCUGAAUUAAUAUAUGAUGGUAUUAGUGUAGAUGUUAUACAUGCUGAAAGAACACAAUUACAGAGAGAUAAUGUAGUGAGCAGUUUUCGAGCUGGUAAAAUCUGGGUAUUAAUAUGUACAGAGUUAAUGGGUAGAGGAAUAGAUUUUAAAGGAAUUAAUUUAGUUAUAAACUAUGAUUUUCCUAGUAGUGCUGUUAGCUAUAUACAUAGAAUAGGACGGACUGGUAGAGCUGGUAGACCAGGUCAUGCUAUAACAUUCUUUACUGAAGAUGAUGCAACAAAUUUAAAAAGUAUAGCUAAUGUAAUACGUAAAGCUGGCUGUCCAGUACCUAAAUAUAUGUUAUCUAUGAAGAAAACUAAAAAGGAAGUAUUAAAGAAGAUGGCUAUCAGUGAAGUACCAAGACAAAGAAUAUCUACAGUACCAUUAUUUAAAUUACAAGGAAAAGAUAGAGAACAGUAA